AUGACGACGGCAUCUCGCGGCGAGGCGCUGGGUUUGGCGCUGGCGCUGCUCUGCAUCAGCGCCGCAGCGGCGCAGUCCCCCGCAGACGAUGCGGAGUGUUCAACAACGUUUGCCACCGCUUACAGCAACGACCCUUCGUCAUACUCUUGUUACCAUUAUUGUCCGAGCUCGUGCACGGCAUGGGGCAACACCUCGUACGCCGCGGCCUACGGAGGGCGCUUCCCAGUAACAGGGACUCUGCUUUACGAUGAGGUGAGACACGCAGACUAUCUGGGGGAAGACUGGAAGUACUCCUACACACCCACUCCCCUGACGGUGACCAGGAGCGUGGGCGAGGAUUUCAUCUGGGAGAAUAUCCCUGAAGGUGCGAUUGUAAAAAGAGUUCCCGCAGCCGCGGGCGAAGUGACGAAAGUUUUGAGGAACCUGACGGUGCAAGACGCUGGCCUCUACAGUUUUGAAGUCAAAAACGCCAAUGAUGCAGUCAAGUAUUUCGGCAGACUCGUCGUAAGAAGUUGCCCCAAGCAUCGCUUUGGUCUACGCUGUAACAAGUGGUGCCCAGACUGCCUCAACUCUGGGGAAUGUCACCCUCGCUCUGGGGAAUGCGUCUGUGUCCCCGGCACCUAUGGGGACCGCUGCCAGCACUACUGCGACGAGGGCCGUUACGGCGACAACUGCAGUAAGGACUGCUCUCGUACACACCUCGGUUGGGCACGCAGCGAUAACUGCAGCGGGCUGACCUUCUGCACUCACGACCCGCGGGGCUGCUCCUGCCUUUCUGGAUACCGGGGACCCAACUGCGACAAAAGGUGUGCGCCUGGGUGGUACGGACCAGACUGCGCCCUGCGCUGCAGCUACUGCGUUGAUGGCCUCUGCUCUCCUGUUGACGGCGGCUGCACGCGCCGCUGCCGCGACCCUGAGCUCUGCACUCAAGAUGACCAGCCUCGUCCUCUCACCUUGCCGCGCUUCCGGGAACCUCCCACCGUGAACUGCAGCAACGCUUGGUGCACCGUGGCGCAUAAGCGCUGGUCCGCCAGCGAGGACGAGGGCGUCCUGGACCCGGACGAUGACGUCGCAGGGUAUGUGCUCCAGGUGCGGGACUUGGCUAACUCAACCGCCGCGUGGGAGAGGCGCGGUACGAGAGCCCCGUGGUACAGUUCCGUUCUAGUGUUUGGCUUCAACGCUGUCCCCUGCCGGCGGUACGCUGUGCGGGUCCUUGUCGACAUCAAGAAGACAGACGUCAUCAUGUCUGCGAACCCUGACUACAACCUCGGCACCCGGCACUCUGAGGUGCAGGCUGCCUGCCCCACUAAAGGAGACACCAGGCCGCUGUCACCAGGAGUCAAUACACUGCUGUCACCAGUGCCCACUAUACCAUCAUCAACAGCAGCCACAACACCGCUGGUACCAAGAGCCACUACACCGCCAUCUCCAGGAGUCAAUACACUGCUGUCACCAGUGCCCACUAUACCAUCAUCAACAGCAGCCACAACACCGCUGGUACCAAGAGCCACUACACCGCCAUCACCAGGAGUCAAUACACUGCUGUCACCAGGGCCCACUAUACCAUCAUCAACAGCAGCCACAACACCGCUGGUACCAAGAGCCGCUACACCGCCAUCACCAGGAGUUAUUGCCAGUGCCGUCAUGGCAGUGGUGGUGGUGGUGGUGUUGCUGGUCGCCUUCUUGGGGUAUCGCUGGCAGCAGCGCAAGAUCCUGCGGCAACACCAGAUCCCUGUCACCGUUCCGCUCUCACAUGGCGAUCUCCAAGAAAUGGAAACGAUCCGAAAAAAUUUCGAAGGAAGUUGGGAGCUUGCUCCGAAGUACGUCCGGAAGAUAUUAAAUCUUGAAUGCAGUGAUAAGCAACAAAAUCAUUCAUAUAAGGAAUAUGUGAAAAUAAAACACAGUAAAUUCUCUGAAGGUACGUGGAAGAAGUUAUGUCCAAACUGGCGAUACCGUGAAAUUUUCGAGGACAAAACUACUUCUGAUGAUAUGGAUACAACGGAACUCUUUGCCCUGUUCUGUGCACUCUUCCAAACCAAAUAUAGCGAGAGUGACAUAAAAGAACUGAAGACUAGAUUAGAAGCUGUCAAAGACAUAAGAAAUGAAAUAGCGCAUGAGGGCAGCGCUAUGAAAAAUCCGAACAAACUUCCAGAACUCCAUAACAAGUUGCUGGAGCUCAUCCAAGUGGCAGGGAAGUUUUACAAACUCCCGAGGCGUGAGGUAAAAGCGUUGGAGGUUGAGUUGCGAAGCGAUAUAAGCAGGGGGUUUUCUCCUAGUGAUCUGGAACAGACUUAUUUCUCUCAUUGCUUGUGCAGUGAAGGGAAACAAAAUGCUGGGCGUCUCUUGGCAAAUUUCACCAACGAAAUAACCUGCGGCGUAGAUCAUCUCAAAGUGUCGGCUGACUUUUACCCACCGAAACUAACGCUGCCGGAUGAAGACGAGAAGAAAUUUCCUUACACAGAAGUAUUCGAAGCUACGACAAACGUUGUUAUUGUGUCUGGCGUUGCUGCAGCUGGCAAGACGACGCUACUCAAGACCUUAAUCCAACAGUUCCUUGGAUUGCAGUGCGAAGUCCCAGACUACCUAAAAACUUUCGACCUCCUUGUCUUCAUCGAGUGCAGGGAUGAUACUAAAGACAAGUUGCAUCAAGUUGUUCGCGUGCACUUCGGAAACAUUUGCUCAAAAAUAGGCAAAGAAAAUGUUAUGCAAGCUCUCUCGUGUCUUGUCGUUCUGUUCUUGGUCGACGCAUUUGACGAGGCCAAUGGAAAUUCUAUGGCGGUGCUGCGAGAAUUGUUUCAGAAAACAUGGCACUCCGAGUCACGCAUUAUUAUCACAACUCGUACAAAAGCAAUUGAAGAACUCGAGCAGUUCAUUCGCCAGAGUAGUUUUACUCAUUACCAUAUCACUCCUCUCUCAGAGCUGGCGGAGCAGUUGGAGUUUAUCAGAGGAUGUAAGAAAAAUCUAACCAGUGACCCAGUUCUCUGUGCAGCGAUGCAAGAUCGAUUCUCCAAACUGAACCCCGAAGUUAGAAGAUUGUUAACGCAGCCCAUUUCUCUACUUCAGUUCUGCACCAUCUUUCUAACUUCUCCAAAAAUGAUCGACAAUUGGAACAGCGCAAAAGACUUGUCAAGGGACACAUUGAUGCUAUACAAGACAGUAAUUGAAAGAAAAUUGUGCGAUUCGCACGUACCCGACAAAUCAGUUCUGAUCAACAAGAUUUUCAAGGUCAUCGGCAAGUCCGCCUUGAAGUAUCUUUCCAUGGACAAGAUCGCCUUCUCCAAGGACGAGUUCUUGCUGUUUGAACGAGAAUGCCACGACCAAAUGACCGCACACAGUGCCGCCAUGGCAAUCGACUCAAAAGUUUUUCUGUCCCUAAUUUUCACCGUCAAAAGAAAUUUGUCUGGAACCACUGCUGCCACAUACUCAUUUAAUCACAAAUCAAUACAAGAAAAAUUUGCAGCACUGUUUGUUUUCGAAGAACUGAAGAACGACAAGUCUCUCCAUGAAAUACUAGGCACAACACAGGCGAUGAAGGCGAGCUUCCUGGAUAUACUGCCGUACGUCAUGCAAGACCUAAGCAGCAGUCCGUUGCUGUUCCAACGCCACUGGCCUGAACUGAGGGAAGUCAUUACCGAAACUGGGCUCUACAGCUGCGAUGACUGGCAAAACUUGCUGCUCCAGGGUCCUGGCCUCAUCGAGCUGGCGAAACACGCGGCCAAGAUCACGAUCACAGCGAGCGAUGAAUGGACCGUUCGCACCGCUCGCAAUCUGGAAGCAGCAUCACUAAUGUUGUCACACGAGCAACCUCGACUCAUCAACAUUAAAUUACCGUCUGCUGAGCUGGCCGCAGCUGGCUCCAGCUGGUCUGGAUUGACAAGCCUCCACCGCGGACAACUUGAGCUGCACCUCGAGGAGAGUUCCGUGGUUACACAAGCGCCAUGUGAAGACCUGCUCGAGUGCCUAAACGGUUCCAGGUGUCAGCUCACUGAGUUGGUUGGCAGUAUCAGCAGUGCCGCUAGCGUCUCCGCUGUGGCUUCUAUCUCCACGGCGGCCAAUACGGAACUUUCCAUCUCACUCUCGGCCCCCCUCAACUUGAACCCUCUGCAGGGCAAAUAUAAGAGUCUAGUAGUGAAAAUCCGUCCACUGGAAGAUUCUUGGGCUUCAGGGCUCCAGCCAACUCCGUCCCCGCCGUGUUCGGAGAAGCAAUACAACGGGUUCGAGACACGUGAGCCCCAUGCUUCUGAGGUUCGUCUGCCUGCCUAUCCUCCGCCGCAACUCUGGGUACUUGACGCCAAGCCCGGCAGCCGCGAGACCAUCGCUCGAGCCAUAAGCACAAUCGCCCCGCACACCAAAAGACUUGGCAGAAUGAGACUACAGCACUGUAGGCUGACUGAGGAUGAAGUAUGGCAGCUGCUGCUGCAUCUGCACAGCGCCGGCAUCAGAAGCAUCGGUGUCGGGCCGACGCGCUUCACAAAGAAUCCUGAAGGGCACCUGGAGCUAUUUGUGGCGGACGACCUGCCGGACUUUACAGGGACUGCGAGUGCCGUGCAGCAAGUCAUCGCUCAGCUACAGUCCCGGGACGCCGGGGACUUCGAGGCCCAGUGGCCGGAGCUGAGGAGGGCGAUGGAGGAAGCGGGCGCCUCAGCGCGGCACUGGUGGGAGGUGCUGCUGAGCCGUCCUCACGAGCCCGCGCUCGCCGAGUUCGCUGCUCGAAUAACUCGGAUUUCCAAGAUCAAAAGUUUCCAGGGGCACAUCAGGACGGAGGCAGGCAUCGCGGCGCUAGCUUCAGCGGCCGCGUCAGCGUCUAUACACAUCAGGGUCGAGGCGCCGCUCAACCUCAGCGCACUGCACGGGAAAUACGCUGAACUGCACGUUUGCACGCCCGUACUUGACACGGCUGUUGCAGCAGCGCCUCUACCAGCCCUGCCUUCUCCCGUGCUGCAGGUUCUCAGCCCCGGUGCUGGCACCUGGGAGGCCGUGGCCAGGACGGUGCUGACUUAUGCACCAAGAUGCAAGAAGUUCUUGGCAAUCGAACUGUGCCAGUCUGCGCUAAGCGAGGAGGAGGAGCGCCUGCUGCUGAUGCUGCUACACGAGAGGCACAUCAGGACGAACGAUGCAGGCACCACACGCGCCGAGCCCCACGGCGCACAACGAAGGCGACUCCGCCUCUGCGAAGAACCUCCGGCAACCUUCUCACCGUGACAAGCGCCUGGGGAGCAGAAGUGAGCGAAGGCAUUCAGGCUGGGGGAUGCCUACUUUGGUGGGAUCCUCGCCGGUUAAUAAUGAAGUGGAAAUAUCAACCGCAUUGUCAUGCAUUUGAAUGAUAGUUCAUUUGUCUGUUGCUGACACCCAUGACGUAUCUCUGGAGUGGAAUUUAAGAGGUUCAGAUACUUGAUGCCUGAUUGUACUUUGUGAGACGCGAGAUAAGAAAUAGAGAGUAUUCUGAUGGUAAAUGAAAUGUGUAGCGUUAUUAUCGGCUGAUUGUUUAUGUUUCCUCUGCUGCCGUAUCCUAAGAAAACUUCUAGCGCGAUGUAAUCCGCUGACUUUUUUUAAUCGCUAUUAUUAUUGCGCUAACAUCGCCCUCAAGUGCCGUAAGUGGUUGUUUAUAUGGUCUGCGAUGGGUUUUAGUAAGCAUGCCUAUUCUUAUAGUAACUGGCAUGAGAUCGAAUUUGAGGGAAGGAAAUAAGCAUUAUAAACGUUACAUUAGUUAUUUCUCCCUUAGUUUUAAUAUCACCUUUGAGUUGGCCUCAUUUUGCAUGUUAAAAUUGUCACUGCGUCCCGAGUAAUACGCUGUUCUAUUGAUCCAGUUUACUAGGGUGUAAAUAAUACUGGUGUUGUCGAAAUGAAGGUGGAUAUAUAAAAUGAUAAAGUAAGAAGUGGUCGUGAAUAUUAGGUUUUAAAUUAUUCCAUUAAUCAUCAGGUGCCUACAGUGCAGUAAUCUACAAUGUUAGUCUAUUUUUAUUACAAGAUCUAAAUUUGUGUUUUUUUUUGUGUUUGCAGUUAUAGACUCUUCCUUGACUUAUUCACCUAGGAAAGGUAAAAAGUGAAACCUAAAGUGAAAGUCCUACAAAAACCCAAUGCUUAUAAGUUGAA